UCCUUCCCUGCCCCUGGAACACAGAGCAGCUCCUUCCCUGCUGCCUCCCUGCUGCUGUGCCUGGCCCAGUCAGGCACCAGGCCCAGGGUUCUUUCCUGGCUGUGCAGGCUGGGAUCUGUUCCAAUGGGAUGCCCAGCUCCCUGAGCUUUGCCUUCCCUGCAGAGGGAAGGGUGGGCUGGCUCCCUGAUUUCAGGGAGUGCUCCCAAAACAUCCUCAGACCCCUUUUCUUGCGUCCACAGUGUCUCCAUGGGGUUUGGGACCCCUUUUUGCUUCUUCCACAACAUUUUCAUGGGAUUUGCAGCUCCUUUCCGUGCUACCUUUGUAUCUCCAUGGGCUUUAGAGCCCCUUUUCCUAUUGCCACGGCAUUAAAACAUGGAAAUAGAUAUUCUUUAAUAUAAACUAAUAUUAAAGCCCAUCCAGUCCCACCCCUGCCAUGGCAGGGACACCUUCCACCGAGAAAGGUGCUCCAAGGUUGCUCCAAGCUCCAUCCAACCUGGACACUUCCAGGGAUCCAGGGACAGCCACAGCUUCUCUGGGCACCUGUGCCAUGGCCUGACCCCCCUCCCAGGGUUGAUUUCUCCUCGGGAUCCGAUUUGCUCCUGGGAUUAUCGGGACAGGAGCAGGGGUGUGGCAAGCCCUGAGGGUCCCCUGGUGUGUCCCCGCAGGUGACACUGCCCUGGUGGCCGAUGUCCCCGGAGGAUGAGCAAGCCCACGGACCUGCAGCACGACCUGGAACGCAGCCUCCCCGCCAUCGCCUCCAUCAGCUCCUCCCUCUCCCAGAGCCAGGGCUUCUCCCCGUACUUCCUCUCCCCGGAGAAGAGAAAAGCCAUCUCGGAUGUGAGGAGAACCUUCUGCCUCUUCGUCACCUUCGACCUGCUCUUCAUCUCCCUGCUGUGGAUCAUCGAGCUCAAUACCAAGGUGGGCAUCAAGGAGAACCUGAAGGAUGAAAUCAUCAACUACAAAUUCAAGACCUCUUUCUUUGACAUCUUUCUCUUGGCUGUGUUUCGAUUUGUGGUGCUGCUCUUGGGCUACGCCGUCGUCCGCCUGCGCCACUGGUGGGUCAUCGCGGUCACUACACUGGUAUCCAGUGCCUUCCUGAUUGUCAAGGUCAUCCUGUCCGAGCUUCUGACCAAAGGGGCUUUUGGGUAUUUACUUCCCAUCGUCUCAUUUGUUAUUGCUUGGCUGGAGACCUGGUUCCUGGAUUUUAAAGUCCUAACUCAGGAAGCAGAAGAGGAACGAUGGUUCCUGGCAGCCCAGGCUGCAGCCUCGAGGCCACUGCUGUACCCCCGAGCCCUCUCCGAGGGACAGUUCUACUCCCCACCCGAGUCCUUUGCAGGCUCAGACAACGAGUCUGAUGAGGAAGGAGUGGGGAGGAAGGCCUUGACAACUCAGGAAAAGGAAUAUGUCCGACAAGGCAAAGAGGCCAUGGAGGUUGUGGACCAAAUCCUCGCCCAGGAGGAGAACUGGAAGUUUGAGAAAAACAAUGACUUUGGUGAUGUUGUUUACACUUUUGAAAUCCCUUUCCACGGCAAGACCUUUAUUUUAAAGGCUUUCCUGCAGUGCUCCCCUGAAAUGGUUUACCAGGAGGUGAUUCUACAGCCCGAGAAGAUGAUCCUGUGGAACAGAACAGUGGCAGCUUGCCAGAUCUUGCAGCGGGUUGAGGACAACACGAUCGUCUCGUACGACGUGGCGGCCGGAGCUGCCGGCGGGGUGGUGUCCCCAAGGGAUUUCGUGAACGUGCGUCGGAUCGAGAGGAGGAGAGACAGGUACGUUUCCUCAGGGAUGUCGACCACGCACAGCCUGAAGCCUCCGCUCUCCAAGUACGUCAGGGGUGAGAAUGGACCUGGAGGAUUCAUCGUCCUGAAAUGUCCCAGCAAUGCCAAGGUCUGCACCUUCAUCUGGAUUCUCAACACAGAUCUGAAGGGUCGCCUGCCCCGGUACCUGAUCCACCAGAGCCUGGCUGCCACCAUGUUCGAGUUCGCCUUCCACCUGCGCCAGCGCGUGGCCGAGCUCUGCUCCAAGCCCUGAGGACAUUCCAGUGCCCUCUCUGCUCUCUGGGGACGGGGACAGGACCCUGCACCCCCCCAGGGAAGGAGGGGUCCCCCCCACUACCGGCCAGGGGGGCUCAGCCCCUCCUCCCACCACGGUUGCCCCCGGUGAUGGGGCCCUGGACCCGACUGUUGUGUGCCAAAUCCCUGCCCUGCCCUCCCCGGGGGCUGGGCAGGCUCCCCCCCCUCCCCAAAAACGGGUUGGGGGCUCAGCUGGCACCCCCAGGUUGCUGUCACUGCUGCCCAAUUCCUCAGGAAUUGUGAGGAAGAGGGGACGGGGUGGUGGCCGUGUCGGUGAGGACUCAGUUGCUCUGGCAGCAAGGUCCCUGUGCCGGGCUGUGCCCCUCCACCAGCGGGUGAAGGCACAAUUUGUGACCCCAGGGCUGUGCCCCCCACCCUGGUGACAGCACUGAGGACCCCCCAACCCCCCCCAGUGGCUCUGGCCGAGCCCCCUCCUUCCCAAACGUGCAGCUCCCGGCGGAGCCAGCGCGGGAUUUGCCUUAAGAGGAGACUUUGCUCCUUUUUGGGGGUGCGGG